UAUGGGAAGCCUCGUUUGACAGAAACAUUCGGGGUCCUUUUACUUUCACGUGCGCCUGUACUGCCAUCGUGAGAAGACACCAUGCCGAAGUCGAGGAGAGACAAGAAAAUUUCUUUAACAAAAACAGCAAAGAAGGGACUUGAGUCAAAGCAGAAACUAAUAGAGGAGUUACGGAAAUGUGUGGACACAUACAAAUACCUGUUCAUCUUCUCUGUGGCUAACAUGAGGAACAACAAGCUGAAAGACAUCAGGACAGCGUGGAAACACAGCAGGUUCUUCUUUGGCAAAAAUAAAGUCAUGAUGAUCGCAAUUGGUAAAGGAGAAACGGACGAAUACAAGGACAAUUUAUGCAAAGUCAGCAAGCACCUUCGAGGAGAAGUGGGAGUACUAUUCACAAAUAAAACCAAGCAGGAGGUGCAAGAGUACUUUGAUCAUUUCAAAGAAACAGACUAUGCACGUGCAGGAAACCGGGCUCAGACGGACAUAACCCUUGACGAGGGUCCUUUGGAACAGUUUCCUCAUUCCAUGGAGCCUCAGUUGAGGCAACUGGGCCUCCCAACUGUUCUCAAAAAGGGUGUGGUGACGCUACUAAAAGACCAUGCCAUCUGUAAAGAAGGAGAUGUCCUCACCCCCGAGCAGGCUCGAAUUCUGAAACUGCUUGGCAUCGAGAUGGCAGAGUUCAAGGUGACAGUCAAGUGCAUGUGGAGCGCCGAAACGGGCGAGUUUGACAACUUGACGGGCGAGGACGUGCCGGAUGACGACGACGAUGAUGAUGACGACGACGAGGAUGCAGCAAAGUGACACAAGCUUGUGCAGUUUUUUUUUUGUUUUUUUUUACAUAGAAUACAGAUGAACUUUUGUCCUUCA